AUGAAUUAUUAAUAGGCAAUUCAAUCCUGUAGCCCUACUAAAUCAAAGUAAGAAUGUUUCUAAAGAAGAUAAGAAGAGAUUGGCUCUCCGGUUACGAUUUCCCUUCAAUCUGAAUUCGAGCAGUUAACUUUGGAUACUUCUCCCAAAUUAGAUCCACUCACCAAUCAGCAUAGUGGCAUUCUGGACUUCAUCGAUGAAAUAGAUCAGGAAGAGAAGUUUAAGAAGCAUCAGAGUUUGAGUUUGUAGAAAGACCUCAUACGAAGAAAUAAUAAAAACAAGUCCAACGAAGGGCAAUCGUCUCCCCACUCCAAUCAAUCUUUGAAUGAUCAGAAGUUUAAAUACAUCAAAGAACUUUGGCUAUAGGAAUCGCCCAUAUAAGAAAUAAACAAACAAGUUCUAUCUUAGAGAGUGAUUUCAAUCAACGAAGAACAAUAUUUCAAAGAUCUUCAGAGUGACAACGUUAUCGGAAUGGGAGUCUAUCACUCAAACGAAGCCAGUCCUCAAAUGUACUUCGAACCCGAUAUCGAGACUGACAUCUACAUUUCAAGUUUGAUAGUAAAUGACUAAAUUAAAUUUUCAUUAGGAUUCACUUUGGGGAAAUUAAAUCGUCUCUCGAAAAUUGCAGAAGCUUAUCGAAUCUGGGACUCCAGAAUAACAAUUAUUGAUAGUCCAAAAGUUAGAAAGAAUAAGUCCCUAAAUACAGAAGGACGUCUUUGGAAACUACGUUGUUCAAAAGAUCUUUGAUAGUUGUGGAGAUGUCAAACUCAAAACCAGAAUGUUCAACAAGUUGAAGACUCACUUUUACGAUUUGUCCAAGAACCCCUUUGGUUGCAGAGUCAUGCAGAAGUUGAUUGAGUAUUCGUAAGGCAAAGAGGAUGUCUAGAAUUCUAUACUUUCUUAAUUGGUUUAGAAUAUGAGAUCUUUGAUUUACGAUUCCAAUGGCAAUUAUGUCAUUUUCAAGUUGCUUGAAUCCUAUGACAAAUCUAAAAUGGAAUUUCUCAUUCCCAUUGUUGAAGAAUCUGUAUCUCAUCAAUCUAUUCUAGUUUCAUUACAUGGCCCAGUAAAUAUAUGGAUGCAAAAUCAUUCACAAAAUCAUCCAAUAAUACCCUCCCAAUUUCAUUGCCAACCUAGUCAAACAAUCUAUUGCUAAUUAUUCAGGCUUAAGUUAAACCGAAUUUGGAAACUAUAUCCUCCAACACAUAUUGUAAUUUUGGAUUCCCUCUCCAGAGAAAACUCGACUAGUCUAACUUGUAAUCUAACAGUUUUAUCAAUUAAGCAUUAACAAAUAUGCAAGGUGAGCACUCCUACUCUAUUUUUUAGUAAUACUGUUGAAAGAGCCUUAGAGGCAUUGAGUAAAUCUGAAUUGAUAACUGUUCUAAAUUGGUUGCUAUUUAGAAACUAAGCCUAGCAGUAGUUCUAAUAUGUGGCUACUAACUUUGUACAAUUAGCAAAUCACUAAUUUGCAAAUUAUGUGAUCAAGAAAUUUUUGAUCUUGAUCGAUCAACCUAUGUAGCAAUCCAUCUUAAACUACUUAAUAAAGAAUCAGUAGGAGUAUUAAGCUCUGAAAGCCACUUUGCAUGGUAAUUUUAAAAGUAAUACAAAUAGGUUAACGAAUAUGCAGUCUUUUGGAGAAAUAAGUGAAAUGUUGAUAGUGU